AUGAUCGAGGUACUUUUAAACCCCGCGGCACAUCCGAUUUCCUUCGUCUUUUGUCUUCUGCCCGUUGUUGUCCUGGCAGUGCACGUUGUACCGUAUUUGGUCGAUAAGCAUGGUCUUCGCCAAUACCACGGCCCUUUCUUUGCAAAAUUUUCCGUUGGUUGGCUCUUCUGGGUGUCCAGCACAUUCAGGAGGACCAACACUAUCGACGAGGUGCACCAUAAAUAUGGACCUUUCGUCCGCAUCGCGCCGAACCACAUUUCGAUUGUUUCUCCAGAAGCGUUCUCAGAGGUGUAUGGCCACUCCGCCGGCACAACGAAGUCAGCUUUCUACGAGGCCUUUACGUCUUACCGUGCCAUACGCGGCAUAUUCAACACGCCCUUCCGCACCGAACAUGCUCGUAAGCGACGUGUCAUGGCCCACAUGUUUUCCCCGCAGAGCGUGCGCGCCUUCGAGGGCCCGAUCAAGGUUCAUCUACAAACUCUGUUGAACCAGUGGGACGUCAUGUGCAACGGCGCGGUGCGCAAGGAUGAAGUGAAGACUGGCACACUGGGGUCCAGCACAUGGGAGGUGCGCGGCCGCUAUGUCUGGUUUGAUGCACAGUUUUGGUGCAAUUUGUUCACGUUUGAUGUCAUUGGUGAGCUCGCCUUCGGCUCUCCUUUUGGUAUGCUUUUGCGUGGCCAGGACACCGCCAGGAUAAGGAAGUCUCUCACAGCUGGAAUUGCCUCCUAUGCAGUCGACGAGUCCACCGCCCAGGAACCUGCGAUUCAAUAUGAGGUCGAAGAAGUCGCUGCUAUCGACGCGGUUAGUGCGCGCAUGGAGAUUUCUCCCAUUCUCGGUGUGCUUCCCACGUGCGUGCGCGAGUUCGUGGAGCGCAUGCCGCAGCACCGUCGUGGCCUGAAGGCGCAGGGCCAGCUGAUCGGCCUGGCGGCGGAAGCUAUCUCGCGGCGCCUUACCGCCGCCCGCCAGGCGGAAGAUGCAGGGAAGAUUUUUGAUGAUAUGUUUGGGAAAUUGUUGAACGGUCGAGACGAGAACGGAAACCCAAUGACUGAGCGGGAGUUGACUGUGGAGGCCGUUGGGCUGCUAGUCGCAGGAUCCGACACAACUUCCAGCUCGCUGUCAACUAUGAUAUUCCAUGUUGCCCGCAACCAGAAUGUGCAGAAGAGACUCCAGGCUGAGCUGGACGCUGUGGCGGGCACAGACCCGAGUAUUCUGCCCUUUGUUGACGUCAAAUCUUUGCCAUACCUCGAGGCUGUCAUCACGAGGGCCUCCGCGUUCUCUCCACGAUUGGUUUUGGUCUCGGUCGUGUCGUUCCCGAAGGAGGCAUCACGCAUGCAUCACUCCGAGGAAAUGUGGGGCGCGGACGUGGAGGAGUACCGUCCCGAGCGCUGGUUGGAUGCUGAGAAACAAGGCGAGAUGAUGAAGGCGUUCAACCCGUUCUCCUUGGGACCCAGGGCCUGCAUCGGGCGCAGCGUCGCCAUGCUGGAAAUGAAGUUGCUCAUCGCCGCCGUUUUCCGCCGCUAUGAUAUUGUCCUGCAACCGGGCCAAGCGUUCGGAGUGCACGACAAUUUCGUUCGCAAGCCGCAUGAGUGUGUGGUUGGGAUCAAGCGUAGAGAGAUAUGA